GGCGGAAGGGCGCGGGGCGCGCACGCUUUAAAUGGCAUUCGCUGUCAUCCGAGCUCGCAGCCGUGUGGGCUGGAGCCGGCUAUAUAAGCGGCGGGCCGGGCCGCCGCGGGGCAGACGGCGACAGCGGCGGCGGCGAGCGCCUCGGAGCAGCGCACCCCCCACCCCACCCAGCUCCGGAGCCCCGCGCCCCCCGACGGGCCCGCCCGCCCUCUAGAGGAGCGCAGACCCGGGCCCGUGAGGGCCGCCGCCACCCCGCAGCAGAUUUGGAUCCCCCGCCCGGCGAGCCCCAGGCUGCUGCCUCCCGGGGGGCCCCGGCGCAGCGGCCGCCCCUGGAGAGCCCCGCCGCCCCGCCGGCCGGCCCCGAAGACGCCGGCCGCGCCAUGGCGGCCGCCAAGCCCGGCGAGCUGAUGGGCAUCUGCUCCAGCUACCAGGCGGUGAUGCCGCACUUCGUGUGCCUGGCCGACGAGUUCCCGCAGCCCAUGCGGCCCGCCAAGCUGUCCAAGGGCAAGGGCCGGCUGCGGCGGCCCCGCCAGUCCCGUUUCAAGACGCAGCCGGUGACCUUCGACGAGAUCCAGGAGGUGGAGGAGGAGGGGGCGUCCCCGAUGGAGGAGGAGAAGGCCAAGAAGUCGUUCCUGCAGAGCCUGGAGUGCCUGCGCCGCAGCACGCAGAGCCUGUCGCUGCAGAGGGAGCCGCUCAGCGGCUGCAAACUGAGGAACAGCCUGGACUCCAGCGACUCCGACUCGGCCCUGUGACCUGCGCCGCCCGCAGCCGGGACUCGCGCGCCCGGGCGGCGCGUCGCGACGGACCAGCGUGCGAACCUCGAGGGGGGCCCCGCGCCCGGCACCUCGGGGUUCCCCAUCUGCCGAGCACCCAGGUUGGGGGACCGCCUGGACCCUCACCCGACUGCGAACUUGUCCGGGCUCCCUGAGCUGAGCUCGCCCCCGCCGGGAGCGCGCGCCGGGGAGCCGGGGCGCCAGGGAAGGGGGGGCCGCCUUUCUUUGCCCUUGUAAAUGUUUAUUUUUUAACUCUUCCCAGUACGAACUCUGCUGUGAGUGUGUGCGGGGAGGCGCACCCGCGCUGAGUCGCCGCGGGUCCCCGGGGCUUCGCGGAGAGUCGCUCCACGCUCUUGUCCGAUGGUCUGAAACUCCCGAUUUUUGCACACCGCUCCACCGUGCCCACCCCCUCCCCCCGCGCGCACACCCGUUCACACUCACGCCGACCCACUCUCGCUGAACACUUUUAUAAUUGUUAGGCGCGGCCGAUGGGACUUGGGGCGCAGCGCAGCUGGCGCUGUGGCCGGAGGAUUGAUAUUUAUUUUUGCAUUGCGAUGGCUGACGGCGUUUAUUUAACGAUCUUUUUACCUAGAUAUGUCUGUGAGGCUCCCGAACGGAGACAAAUAAAGUCAAUAUAUUUGCACAGUG